CGCCAUCCAGUGUGGCCACGAGAGCUUUCAUUGUAACUUCAUCAGAGUAGUCAAGAUGUCUACUUCUGCACCCUCGCUCCAUAUACUCAUUGCAGGCUCCGGCAUCGCCGGUCCCUGCCUUGCAUUUUGGUUACACAGAUUUCAACCUUCCUCACAAAUCACGAUUCUAGAGCGCAGUCCUGAGCUACGAUUAGGCGGCCAAGCCAUCGACCUACGAUCAGCUGCAGUGCCGAUUGUAGAGCGCAUGGGACUGUUAGGUAAAGUCAGAGAGAAAACAACGACGGAGGUGGGUAUGGAAUUCGUGUAUGCGGACGGUAAGACGAAAGCUACCUUCCCGGCGAGUGGGAAUGCGGAACAGCAGAGCAUGACAUCAGAGUUUGAGAUUCUGAGAGGUGACAUGGCCAAGCUACUGUACGACGAGACAAAACAUCUUGAGAGCGUCAAGUAUGUCUUCGAUGAGAUGAUCAUCGCCGUAGAAGAGAAGGAUAGCGGCAAAAUAGAAGUCACCUUUCAAAACUCUCUUCCUAGACUGGAAUUCGAUCUCGUCGUCGGCGCCGAUGGCAUGAUGUCUCGCACAAGAAGACUUGUCUUUGGCCACGGCCCCAAGAACGACGACUACCUAUACCGUCUGGGACAAUACUCCGCACUUUUCACUAUGCAACGAACAGAAGAAGAUACUAAGUUUGCGCAAUGGUACAACGCACCAAAGGGUCGGCUGGUUCUCCUUCGCCCUGAUCAAUACGGCACCACACGGGCAUAUAUCUCCGUGACGGACGGCAAUCUUUCGCGUUUCGACGAGAUUGACAGGCUAUUACAGGAAGGUACCCGAGAACAACAGCAAGCUUGGUUUGAGAGAGAGUUUCAGGGCGCCGGCUGGCAAACGGAUAGAGUAAUGAGGGGAAUGAAGGAGGCUGAUGAUUACUACAUACAGCAAAUUGCGCAGGUGAGGAUGGAUACUUGGGUUAAGGGUCAUGUUGCGUUGGUAGGCGAUGCCGCGUAUUGCCCUAGUCCGAUAUCUGGCGUGGGCACUGGUGCCGCCAUUGUGGGCGCCUACGUUCUCGCCGGCGAAAUCUCUAAGUCACCUACUGACAUCCCAUACGCACUCUCCCAGUACGAGAAAGUCGCGAGACCGUUCGUGGAUAAAGUGCAAAAGUUGGUCCCUGGAACUCCCCAGAUUGCCAAUCCACAAACAGAAUGGGGUAUCAAACUAUUCAAUACGGUAGCGGGCGUUCUGUCACACCCAUUUGCGAAACGAUUUGGCAGUAUCGUAUACAGUUGGAUACCAGCGAUGGGCCCUACUACAAUCUGGAGUCCACCGGAAUACGGAAGGGCUGAGACAUAAAGGGGCGUUAGUAUGGUUAUAGUCAAUAGUUGUUGGGGAUCGAGGGAAGUAGUGGUAGCAUAUCAGGUAGUAGGAAUGGAG